AUGAGCAACGUCCUCAGUGAGUUUUCCACAGACUCCUCUCACAGACAGACUCACUCCUGUCACAGACUCACUCCUCUCACAGACUCCUCUCACAGACUCACUCCUGUCACAGACUCCUCUCACAGACUCACUCCUGUCACAGACUCACUCCUCUCACAGACUCACUCCUCUCACAGACUCUCACAGACUCACUCCUCUCACAGACUCACUCCUGUCACAGACUCCUCUCACAGACUCCUCUCACAGACUCACUCCUCUCACAGACUCCUCUCACAGCUCACUCCUCUCACAGACUCCUCUCACAGACUCACUCCUCUCACAGACUCCUCUCACAGACUCUCUCCUCUCACAGACUCCUCUCACAGACUCACUCCUCUCACAGACUCCUCUCACAGACUCUCUCCUCUCACAGACUCACUCCUCUCACAGACUCACUCCUCUCACAGACUCACUCCUCUCACAGACUCACUCCUCUCACAGACUCACUCCUCUCACAGACUCACUCCUCUCACAGACUCACUCCUGUCACAGACUCACUCCUCUCACAGACUCACUCCUCUCACAGACUCCUCUCACAGACUCACUCCUCUCACAGACUCCUCUCACAGACUCACUCCUGUCACAGACUCCUCUCACAGACUCCUCUCACAGACUCACUCCUCUCACAGACUCCUGUCACAGACUCCUCUCACAGACUCACUCCUCUCACAGACUCCUCUCACAGACUCACUCCUGUCACAGACUCACUCCUCUCACAGACUCCUGUCACAGACUCCUCUCACAGACUCACUCCUCUCACAGACUCACUCCUCUCACAGACUCCUCUCACAGACUGACUCCUCUCACAGACUCACUCCUCUCACAGACUCCUCUCACAGACUCACUCCUCUCACAGACUCCUCUCACAGACUCCUCUCACAGACUCACUCCUGUCACAGACUCACUCCUCUCACAGACUCCUCUCACAGACUCCUCUCACAGACUCACUCCUCUCACAGACUCACUCCUGUCACAGACUCCUCUCACAGACUCACUCCUCUCACAGACUCCUCUCACAGACUCACUCCUGUCACAGACUCCUCUCACAGACUCACUCCUCUCACAGACUCCUCUCACAGACUCCUCUCACAGACUCCUCUCACAGACUCCUCUCACAGACUCCUCUCACAGACUCCUCUCACAGACUCCUCUCACAGACUCCUCUCACAGACUCCUCUCACACCCUCACAGACUCCUCUCACAGACUCACUCCUCUCACAGACUCCUCUCACAGACUCACUCCUCUCACAGACUCACUCCUCUCACAGACUCACUCCUCUCACAGACUCCUCUCACAGACUCACUCCUGUCACAGACUCCUCUCACAGACUCCUCUCACAGACUCCUCUCACAGACUCACUCCUCUCACAGACUCUCCUCACAGACUCCUCUCACAGACUCCUCUCACAGACUCCUCUCACAGACUCCUCUCACAGACUCCUCUCACAGACUCACUCCUCUCACAGACUCACUCCUCUCACAGACUCACUCCUCUCACAGACUCACUCCUCUCACAGACUCACUCCUCUCACAGACUCACUCCUGUCACAGACUCCUCUCACAGACUCACUCCUCUCACAGACUCACUCCUGUCACAGACUCACUCCUGUCACAGACUCCUCUCACAGACUCCUCUCACAGACUCACUCCUGUCACAGACUCACUCCUCUCACAGACUCACUCCUCUCACAGACUCCUCUCACAGACUCCUCUCACAGACUCACUCCUGUCACAGACUCACUCCUCUCACAGACUGACUCCUCUCACAGACUGACUCCUCUCACAGACUCACUCCUCUCACAGACUCCUCUCACAGACUCACUCCUGUCACAGACUCACUCCUCUCACAGACUCCUCUCACAGACUCCUCUCACAGACUCCUCUCACAGACUCCUCUCACAGACUCCUCUCACAGACUCACUCCUCUCACAGACUCACUCCUCUCACAGACUCACUGCUGUCACAGACUCCUCUCACAGACUCACUCCUACUCACUCCUCUCACAGACUCCUCUCACAGACUCACUCCUCUCACAGACUCCUCUCACAGACUCACUCCUCUCACAGACUCACUCCUCUCACAGACUCCUCUCACAGACUCACUCCUCUCACAGACUCACUCCUCUCACAGACUCCUCUCACAGACUCACUCCUCUCACAGACUCCUCUCACAGACUCACUCCUGUCACAGACUCACUCCUCUCACAGACUGACUCCUCUCACAGACUCACUCCUCUCACAGACUCCUCUCACAGACUCACUCCUGUCACAGACUCACUCCUCUCACAGACUCCUCUCACAGACUCACUCCUCUCACAGACUCACUCCUCUCACAGACUCACUCCUCUCACAGACUCCUCUCACAGACUCCUCUCACAGACUCCUCUCACAGACUCACUCCUCUCACAGACUCCUCUCACAGACUCCUCUCACAGACUCACUCCUCUCACAGACUCCUCUCACAGACUCCUCUCACAGACUCACUCCUCUCACAGACUCCUCUCACAGACUCACUCCUGUCACAGACUCCUCUCACAGACUCCUCUCACAGACUCCUCUCACAGACUCCUCUCACAGACUCCUCUCACAGACUCACUCCUCUCACAGACUCCUCUCACAGACUCACUCCUGUCACAGACUCACUCCUCUCACAGACUCACUCCUCUCACAGACUCCUCUCACAGACUCACUCCUCUCACAGACUCACUCCUCUCACAGACUCACUCCUCUCACAGACUCCUCUCACAGACUCCUCUCACAGACUCCUCUCUCACAGACUCACUCCUCUCACAGACUCCUCUCACAGACUCCUCUCACAGACUCCUCUCACAGACUCACUCCUCUCACAGACUCCUCUCACAGACUCCUCUCACAGACUCCUCUCACAGACUCACUCCUCUCACAGACUCCUCUCACAGACUCACUCCUCUCACAGACUCACUCCUCUCACAGACUCACUCCUGUCACAGACUCACUCCUCUCACAGACUCCUCUCACAGACUCACUCCUCUCACAGACUCACUCCUCUCACAGACUCCUCUCACAGACUCACUCCUCUCACAGACUCCUCUCACAGACUCCUCUCACAGACUCACUCCUCUCACAGACUCACUCCUGUCACAGACUCACUCCUCUCACAGACUCCUCUCACAGACUCACUCCUCUCACAGACUCCUCUCACAGACUCACUCCUCUCACAGACUCCUCUCACAGACUCACUCCUGUCACAGACUCCUCUCACAGACUCACUCCUCUCACAGACUCACUCCUCUCACAGACUCACUCCUCUCACAGACUCCUCUCACAGACUCACUCCUCUCACAGACUCUCUCCUCUCACAGACUCACUCCUCUCACAGACUCCUCUCACAGACUCCUCUCACAGACUCACUCCUCUCACAGACUCCUCUCACAGACUCACUCCUGUCACAGACUCCUCUCACAGACUCCUCUCACAGACUCCUCUCACAGACUCCUCUCACAGACUCCUCUCACAGACUCACUCCUCUCACAGACUCCUCUCACAGACUCACUCCUCUCACAGACUCACUCCUGUCACAGACUCACUCCUCUCACAGACUCACUCCUCUCACAGACUCCUCUCACAGACUCACUCCUCUCACAGACUCACUCCUCUCACAGACUCACUCCUCUCACAGACUCCUCUCACAGACUCCUCUCACAGACUCACUCCUCUCACAGACUCCUCUCACAGACUCCUCUCACAGACUCCUCUCACAGACUCACUCCUCUCACAGACUCCUCUCACAGACUCCUCUCACAGACUCCUCUCACAGACUCACUCCUCUCACAGACUCCUCUCACAGACUCACUCCUCUCACAGACUCACUCCUCUCACAGACUCACUCCUGUCACAGACUCACUCCUCUCACAGACUCCUCUCACAGACUCACUCCUCUCACAGACUCACUCCUCUCACAGACUCCUCUCACAGACUCCUCUCACAGACUCCUCUCACAGACUCACUCCUCUCACAGACUCACUCCUGUCACAGACUCACUCCUCUCACAGACUCCUCUCACAGACUCACUCCUCUCACAGACUCACUCCUCUCACAGACUCCUCUCACAGACUCACUCCUCUCACAGACUCCUCUCACAGACUCACUCCUGUCACAGACUCCUCUCACAGACUCACUCCUCUCACAGACUCACUCCUCUCACAGACUCACUCCUCUCACAGACUCCUCUCACAGACUCACUCCUCUCACAGACUCACUCCUCUCACAGACUCACUCCUCUCACAGACUCCUCUCACAGACUCCUCUCACAGACUCCUCUCACAGACUCCUCUCACAGACUCACUCCUCUCACAGACUCACUCCUCUCACAGACUCCUCUCACAGACUCACUCCUCUCACAGACUCCUCUCACAGACUCCUCUCACAGACUCACUCCUCUCACAGACUCUCUCCUCUCACAGACUCCUCUCACAGACUCACUCCUCUCACAGACUCACUCCUCUCACAGACUCACUCCUCUCACAGACUCCUCUCACAGACUCACUCCUCUCACAGACUCCUCUCACAGACUCACUCCUGUCACAGACUCACUCCUGUCACAGAAACACAAACAGACUUAAGUGUUGUUCUGACUCGUGGUUGGUGUAAUCUAUGGACUCUUCUCAGACUCACUUGGAGCUGA